CAUCGAUCACUCUCGUUUUCACAAUCGCUGCCGCCGCCGCCGGAGACUUCACGGUCUUCUUUGACUCUACUGUUUCGUACUAGUUUGACUAAUUUUCUCAAUAUCGUCAAACUCAGUGCGUGUAUGAUGAAUACACCUGUGAGUUAUCCUAAGACAGUUUAACAAUCAUAUAAGAGGAAGUGGAAACGUCGAUUGUGAUCGGAGAUAGAAGGAAAUAUAUUAUUGAAACAUCGAAACACAAAGGAGAUAGACCUUGAUGCUGGUUUGAUUCGGAGAGAUUUGAUUGAUUGGUGAUCUGUUUGCUGAUAACUGUGUUGUGUUUUCCGAUAGUUCCAGUUAUAGUUUCAUCGGAUUCUGGAGAAUUUCAUCCUCUGUUUGUAUUAAUCCUGUAAUUCCAUUCGAGUGAAAAAAAUUUGUGAUCGUAAUUUGAAAUCGGAAGAGAUGGAAAACAAGCAAUUGUUCAUGUCUGCGUUGAGCGUGGGAAUAGGAGUAGGAGUUGGAAUUGGAAUGGGGAAGACAGUGAGUAGGUGGACCGGUGGUGGUGAUGAUUCAUCAGGAAACGGACUCACUCCACAAACAAUGGAGCGUGAGAUGCUUAGUAUGAUCGUCGAUGGCAAAGACAGCAAAAUCACCUUCGACCAAUUUCCCUAUUACCUAAGCGAGCAGACAAGGGUUUUACUUACAAGUGCCGCUUUUGUUUAUCUGAAGAACAUCGAUUUUUCCAAGCACACAAGAAACCUUUCUCCAGCAAGUCGAACUAUAUUGUUAUCAGGGCCUGCAGAGCUUUAUCAGCAAAUGCUUGCCAAGGCUUUGGCUCAUUAUUUUGAAGCCAAGUUGUUGUUGCUAGAUGUCAAUGAUUUUUCACUUAAGGUCCAGAGCAAAUAUGGUGCUUCCUCCAAAGAUACUACCUUCAAAAGAUCCACUUCAGAAACAACCUUGGGGCGAAUGUCAGACUUAUUUGAAUCAACCAUGUCUAUGUUUCAAUCCAAACAGGAAAUAAAAGGGACAUUACGUAGACAGAGCAGUGUUUCUGAUUUUGGAUCAAGGGGGACUGAAUCUUUCUCAAGUACUCCAAAUCUUCGGAGAAACGCAUCUUCAUCAGCUAAUAUUGACGAGCUUGCUUCAAAAUCUACUCCACCAAAUCCAGCUCCACUUAGGCGCACAAGCAGUUUGUCUUUUGAUGAGAAACUUUUUGUACAAACCUUGUACAAGGUUCUUACUUUCAUAUCCAAGAACAGUCCUAUCGUGUUAUACCUUAGAGACAUCGAGAAGCUUCUAUGCAGAUCCCAAAAGUUAUACACUUUAUUCCAGAAAAUGUUAAAAAGAAUUUCUGGACCUGUACUGAUACUUGGGUCACAAGUUAUUGACUCUGAGAAAGAUUACAGAGACUUAGACGAGAGGAUUACUUCUGUGUUCCCAUACAACAUUGAAAUCAAACCUCCUCACGAAGAAAACCAUCUUGUGAGUUGGAAAAGUCAACUUGAAGAAGAUAUGAAGAUGAUCCAGUUUCAAGAUAACAGAAAUCAUAUCAGUGAAGUUCUUGCUGCCAAUGAUCUUGACUGUGAUGAUCUUGCUUCUAUUUGUGUGGCUGACACAAUUGAUCUUAGCAACUACAUUGAGGAAAUCGUGGUUUCAGCUAUCUCAUAUCAUCUCACACAUACCAAGAAUCCAGAGUAUAGAAAUGGAAAACUAGUCAUUUCUUCUACAAGUUUGUCUCAUGGGUUGAGCCUGUUCCAGGAAGGUAAAUCUGUUAAGAAGGAGACCUCAACCUCAAAGGAUACAGUUGUGAAAGAUUCUGUUGUCCCAAAACCAGAAACCAAAGCUGAAAGCACGAGUGGUCCUAAUGAAGCAGAAGCUUCUUCAGCUCCUAAGAAUGCUGAUAAUGUCACCCCAACACCUAAAGCUCCCGAAGUUCCUGCUGAUAACGAAUUUGAGAAGCGAAUAAGACCAGAAGUGAUACCCGCAAGUGAAAUCGGGGUUACAUUUUCUGACAUUGGUGCAUUAGAUGACAUUAAAGAUUCACUUCAAGAACUGGUGAUGUUACCUUUAAGAAGACCCGAUUUGUUCAUCGGAGGACUUUUGAAGCCAUGCAGAGGGAUAUUACUAUUUGGCCCUCCUGGAACAGGGAAAACCAUGCUUGCUAAAGCAAUUGCCAACGAGGCUGGAGCAAGUUUCAUCAAUGUUUCAAUGUCCACCAUUACUUCAAAAUGGUUUGGUGAAGAUGAAAAGAAUGUUAGAGCUUUGUUUACACUUGCAGCUAAAGUGUCGCCUACUAUUAUAUUUGUUGAUGAGGUGGAUAGUAUGCUUGGUCAAAGGUCAAGAGCUGGAGAACAUGAAGCCAUGAGGAAGAUUAAGAAUGAGUUUAUGACUCAUUGGGAUGGGUUGUUGACUAAACCAGGUGAAAGGAUUCUUGUUCUUGCUGCUACUAAUCGCCCUUUUGACCUUGAUGAGGCUAUUAUCAGACGUUUUGAGCGAAGGAUAAUGGUGGGGUUACCAUCGGUGGAAAAUAGGGAAAAGAUAUUGAAGACUCUUUUGGGAAAAGAAGAGAUUGAUGAAGGAUUGAACUUUGGUGAACUUGCUACUAUGACUGAAGGAUAUACUGGAAGUGAUCUGAAGAAUCUGUGUACGACUGCAGCUUAUCGACCAGUUAGGGAGCUGAUACAGCAAGAAAGAUUGAAGGAUAUUGAGAAAAAACUGAGAGCUGAGAGGGGAGAGGGGCCUCAAUCUCCAGAAGAAGUUACAAAGGAGAAGGUGAUUAGUAUUAGGCCACUAAACAUGGAGGACUUUAGGGAAGCCAAGAAUCAGGUGGCGGCUAGUUUUGCAUCGGAAGGGUCAAUAAUGGGCGAACUGAAGCAAUGGAACGAGCAAUAUGGUGAGGGGGGUUCAAGGAAAAAGGAGCAAUUAUCAUAUUUCCUCUAAUAAACUCACUUUCACUUUCACUAUCACCUAAUUAAAAAAGUAUCAUGUCACUAAUCCCCCUCCAUAUGAAAUAUGAACCACCCAAUAAAGGAUCCAUCCAUCAAUCACUCUACUCAUGUACGUUGUAGCCACCCACCAUACAAAAACAUCAACAUCAAGGGGCUCGGUUUGUACCAUAACUGUGGGUCUGUUUGAGGGGGCAGGUCACAGGUGGGUGGCUUACAAUUAUAUGAGUGAUCCUGUUCCUGUUCCUGUUCCUGGACUUUUGUGUGUUGUGUUGUACCAUUUGUUUUGUCUUGUUGUUUCCCACCCAUACAGUUAGUUACACAAUAUUUGUUUGAUUUUUAUUCUCGAAAUAGUGUGUGCGCUUGUGUUGUAUGUACGAUAUUUCCUUUUUCUAGUGGAUGUUGC